AUGCGAUUCACGAGUGUUCUCGUUUUAACCGGCGCUUUGUAUGCCGCUGAUCUGGCUUUGGCUGGUUGUGCGGCGGAUAAUUGCUUGAGAGCCGUGAGAGCUUCCGCAUUUCCGACCAGAUCUGGAACUGCAGACUGUUCUUCCUUCUUUAGUGCUACGGUUCGACAAAGGACGAGCACCACGACUAUUACUACUGGUGGAACCACCAUCACUACAGCUACAGCCUACCUCGAAACCUCCAACCCAACCGCGAUUCCAAGCUAUGCCUCUGUUUGCUCAGGUUCUGCUAGAUACUCUAGUGCCUGCGCAUGCAUAGGAGUAACUCGUGUGACUACCACGGUAUCCCCACCUACACCUACGACUAGCGAUAUCAUCAACGCUGUCUUCGUCGUAUCUCCUGAAGGUUGUCCAAGGUCCACGCCAACAGGUUCAGUGAUCGGUCAAAGCGACGAUGCAUUCUCUCAACAAAACGGCGGCCUUUCAUACCAGCAGUAUGAAGGUAACCAGGUUGUCUUGCAGGAUCCUACUAAUGGACCUUUCUUUCUCGAUUUGUCUCGAGAAGAUCGUAUUGCUAUAUCUGAUAACGCUGGUAAUACACUUGUUAUCUAUCAAAACGGCACGUUUGAGGCGUUUGCGGGAAACUGUCAGAUCUCGGUUGUUGGAACUGUUCUGGAAGAAAAUGGGGUAUCGAAGAGACAUAACUUGUUGAUGUCAAGACAAUCGGGCCCCGUCUGUGAUGCCGUUCAAUUCUUCUGUAACAGUCGGUUCAGCCUUAUCUUUGCUGGUGCGGCUGGUAAAGCUCUGUGCAAUGGUAUUGGUGUACAAGUUGGUGGGUUGAUUGGAAGACAAGUCGGUGGUGCUAUCGGGUUUCUUGGAAAUGUUUUCGGGCCUGAAGUUGGAGUUCCUACAACUUUAUUAGGCGUUUUUAUUGGUGGCAGAUUGGGCGCUUCGAAGUUUAGUGAGUAUUUGUGUGCUGGAGUUGGAGCUUAUUUGGGAGAGAAGCUUUGUGACUAUUGUAAACAGGACGUGGAGUGCGGACCCGGUCAGAUCAGUUGUAACAAAGGACCUUGCCAGGAUGCUCUAAGUGAUCCGAAUAAUUGUGGUGGAUGUGGGAACAAGUGCGCUUCCGGAAUCUGCAGCAACGGUCAAUGCUCUGUUGAGGCUUGCAAUGGUUCAUCUUGCGGUAGUCUUAACGGUUGUGGCGUUGCUUGUUUCUGUUUUAGGGAAGCCAGUGGUAAUGGAUUCUGCGGACCGAAUGUUCCCUGUGCACCGCUUGCGGGAUGUUCAUCUAACGCAGAGUGCGCACAGGGAGAGGUAUGCGCUAUUAGUACUUGCUGCAAUAGGCCCGUCUGUUUGAGUGGAUGUGCUCUUGCAAGGAGGUCCUUGGGUGAUGGGUAUGUUAACUCGACUGAGUUUGAGGAUGGAUGGACUGCUGGUACUCCGUCUUUGUUUUAA